CUCUCACUCCUCUUCUUCUUCUUUAUCUCCUCUUCUUCUUCUUUCCUUUCCUUUCUCUUCUCUGCAAUUCUUAGUGGAUGUGAUUCUCCCACCACCUUCCUCCUUUCCCAUCCAAAAAAAUCCAAAAACCCAAAUAACAUGGUCUUCUCUUCUCUUCCUCUCUAUCUUGAUCCACCAAACUGGAACCAGGAACAAGUUGGUCAUCAACCUGUGCAUAGAAAUGGUGAUGGAGAUCAUCCUAACCAGACUACAAACACUCACAGACCAGGAUCAAUGGCAGAAAGAGCUCGUCUUGCUAAACUCCCACAACCUGAACAAGCACUUAAAUGUCCUCGUUGUGAUUCAACCAACACCAAGUUCUGUUACUUCAACAAUUACUCUCUAACUCAGCCCAGACACUUCUGCAAGACCUGCCGGAGAUACUGGACACGCGGUGGCGCUUUACGUAACGUUCCGGUGGGUGGUGGUUGUCGAAGAAACAAAAGAAGCAAAGCUAGUGGUAGUUCUUCAAAGUCAUCUUCAUCCUUAUCUUCAUCUGCUGCUGUUUCUACUAGUACUGUUGCUGCUGUGAUGCAAUCUCAUGCUACUGUUCCUCCUCAACUACCUCCAUUCAUGGCUUCUUUGCACUCACUUCCUGAUUAUGGAGCUGCUGCUAAUCUUGGUCUUAAUUUUACUGGAAUGCAAACAAUGGAUCAUAAUCAUGCAGCUCAUGAGUAUCAAGCAACUGGGAUUCAGCACAUGCCACAACUUCCUUUCUUGGGAGGAUUAGAGUCCCCGGUACCGAUGUCGGUCCCCGGGCUUUUCCCGUUUGAAGGAUUCUCCGGUGAAGUUCAUCAGAAGCAGUCAAACUCUGGAAUGAUCACUCAACUAGCUUCAGUUAAAAUGGAAGAGAACUCUUUAGCUCGUCUGAGUUUGCAGAGACAAUUUUUAAGUCUUCCGGGGAGUGAUCAGUAUUGGAACGGUGCUGCCGGAGGAGGUAGUACUAGUAUCGGUAACUCCGGUUGGGCUUCCGAUCUUCCCGGCUUCAAUUCUUCGACAAACGGCAGCAGUGUGUUGUAGUUCUCUUGGAAGCUUGAAUUUUUUUUUUCUGAUGGCUUCAAAGAAACCAAGUACUUUGAAUAGGGAGCUUCAUGCAAAGAUGAUCACUAGAGGUACCAAAAAAAAAAAAAAGAUCUCUAAAUAAGAUCAGCUUUUGCUUCUUGUUUUUUAUGAUCAGUUUUACUUUCAGAGUUUCUGUUUAUUAAUUUCUAGUUUUAAUUUCUGUAAUCUUUUAGAAUUUUUAUAUAUAUAUAAUAUCUUGUUUGAUGAUCAAAUUAAGAAUCAAAAUCACAUGGAAGAGACAGACAGACAAACUACUUUUACUUUGGCAGUAGAUGAUGCUACUUAGAUUUGAUUUUGGUUUAUUUAUCUUACAUCAUUAGAUUAGAUUAGAUUAGAUUAGAACCUAUAUGAUAUUAUGAUCUAUAACGAUAACUUUAAAA